AUGUACCCCAAAUCCCUCGCUUCUCAGUUUCUUCGGGCCCAAAAUUCCAUCCAGAUGGACGAACAUUGCUUGGUCAUGUGCGGCAAAUGGAUCUGUGGAGAUGACGGUAAGUGGGAUUUCGUUAUUGACAAGCAGAUGAUGUCGAGAGUAGUCCAAAUGAGUGAGAAUAUGGGUUUAGUUGAGUUAAAGGAGAGGGUUCUUAGAGAAUUCUACGGCGAGGGAGUCGUCGCCGUUUCUCCUUCCCUCAGUUAUUGGCCAAAAAACAGCAUGGAGCUGACGACCGGGAAAACUACACCGCCGGUGCUGGUUACAAAUACAGGGGCCAUAAGCUUCUUUUUCAAACACCUCCGCGCAGACAGAAGAAUGAACAUGUUUGUGUCUUUCUCUUCCGAUGCCGAUUACAUCACACCAGCUCAACCGAAGAAGGGGCGAAAUAUCUUCCAAACUCUCAACGAGCCAACCAGGAGUGGUUCUGGUUUCGAUGAGUUCGGUGGUUACGGUUCAUCUGUUGGGUCGAAGAACCUGCAUGUAUACUGCGAAGAUGAAGAUAUUCUUAGCCACAUCCAGGAAGCAGAGGCUAAGUGGGCAGAAGGCAGCACCCGUAAACUGAGCCGUUGCAGCAGUGAAGAGACAAUACUAUCAGAAUCAGAAGAUAAUUGCCAUGAGGUUCCAUCUGAUGUUGAAGUUUGUGAAGCUGGGUACGACAAAGAGUUUUGGGAGCGCAUCAUAGCCGACCCGCUUACCGGAAUGGAUGCUUUCGACGUACUCUGUCCUGAGCGCGAUGAUCUUGAUGGGAAGAAAAUCGAGAACGACAUGAAGGGAGAGUACUUCUGUACAACGAAUGAUGCUUUCGACCACAAAGUCGUACCCGAGGGCACCCACGUCGAUGCUUAUCCAAAGGCCACGAGGAACAAGAAAGUUGUGCCGAAUAAGUGUGGACGUUGCCAACAAUCGGGCCAUAAUCGCACCAGAUGCACCAACCCACUAUGA